AUGACUAGUGAAUACGUAGAGGCCACUCCUGAAGUGGACACUGCAGCCGAUCCUAUUACCAAAGUAACUAAACCACCUUUAGACUCGCGGAUUGGUAAAGAUGCGCCAUUUGUUUUUGGUCAAAGGUUUCUUACGAAUGAUGAAGAAGUUUUCAACCACAAUGCUUGGGACAACGUCGAAUGGGGUGAAGAGCAGAUCAAGCAAGCACAAGAGAUGAUACAAAAACAGUACGAGGCGCCAGUCAAAGAUUAUGACAAAGCAUUGUUCAAUGCAAACCCAGCAAAAUAUUGGGACAUUUUUUACAAACAGAACAAGGAGAAUUUUUUCAAAGACCGAAAUUGGCUUCAAAUUGAAUUUCCAUCACUUUAUGAAGUUACCUCAAAAGAUUAUCAAACACCCACUACGAUAUUGGAGAUUGGUUGUGGUGCGGGAAACACUUUUUUUCCGGUCUUGAAUCAAAACCAAAAUGAGAAUUUGAAAAUAUUUGGUUGCGAUUAUUCUAAAGUAGCCGUUGAUUUGGUCAGAUCGAAUGAAAGUUUUAAAGAGCAACUGGAAAAAGGACAUGCAUUUAGUUCGGUUUGGGAUUUGGCGAAUCCGGAGGGAAACAUUCCAGAUGAUAUGGAACCUAACUCUGUUGAUAUUGUUAUUAUGGUUUUUGUCUUUUCAGCAUUACAUCCAAACCAAUGGAAGCAAGCAGUGCUGAAUCUUGCUAAAGUCUUGAAGCCGGGAGGACAGAUUUUGUUUCGAGACUAUGGAAGAUAUGACUUGGCUCAGGUGAGGUUCAAAAAGGGAAGAUUACUCGAGGACAACUUUUACAUUCGUGGAGAUGGAACCCGUACGAUUGUUGGUGAAUAG